AUGAAAAAACUGGUCGUCUCUCUGAUUUUCUGCACUUUUCUCGCAGCUGCAACUAUUAUAGGUACUACCACUUACUUUUAAUCGGUUAUUCUUGAAAAUGCUAAACUUUUAGGAGAACCGCGUAUAAAAUGCGCGCCCAGCGGGAUCACGGUAAUGAUGGAAACCGACGAGCCGUUCAAAGGAGCCCUCUUCAUGCGUGGAUCCGCCGAUCGGAAGUCCUGUAAAGCGGAUUUCGUCGCGAGACCCAGCCAGAACAUCACUUUCGAGUUCUCGUUUCGACGAGUGUCCGAGCAGGAGGAAACGGCAGGUAAAGAGGGGCGAUUUUAGGCGAUCCGGUCAGAGGGAAAAGCUAGUACCUUGUCGGAUUCUAGGCCACAACUUUAAAUGUGUUGAGACGAAAACACAGUCCUUUCUUGCAGAUCCUGCCUCCUCGCGGAAUGACGAUGUCGUCGGUGCUGGUCGUCUCGUACCACGGCGCGAUCAUCACCCAUCGCGACGUCGCCUACCAGAUCGACUGCUUCUACCGGGAAGAGCACAGUCAAGUGCAGACGCUCCUGAAUGUCACGGCGCCCCGACCACGCAUUCUCUCCGACGAACCGAAGCUGCCGAGCUGCGACUAUCGGGUCGAGGUGGCCGGCGGAGUGUCACGCGGCGGCGGAGUCGUCACUUCCUCGCUUUCCGACGCAAACGCGCCCGUCGUGACCGUCGGAGAAGCGGUCGUGCACGUUUGGACGUGUUCCGGAGACGCGCCCAGCGAUAUCUAUUGCAUGCAGGUCAGUGAAACUAGUCGUUUUUCUCAAGAACCUAAAAAUGUUCGGGUCCGGAGACAAAGUAGCUUAUGAUGCAUAAAUUGAAGGUGUACAACUGCUCGGCGGACGACGGAGACUCGGAUCACGUGCAGGUAGUCGAUGCGAACGGAUGCACGACCGACGGAGAACUCCUGUCGCCGAUCAAGUACAAGGGCGGCUCGAUGCGCGCGGCGGCCAGCUCCCAGGCAUUCAAAUUUGCGGACAAGCACGUCGUCUACUUCAAAUGCUCCAUUCGGAUGAGCGUGAAGAACCCGACCGAGGAGUGCCCGGUUAGUAAAUUACCAGCGGGAAAAUCUGCGGCUGUCUUCGCGGAUUUUCUAAUGGAAAAAGUUUCUGUAAAUUAAGAAUUUUUCAUUUACAGGUGAACAACUGUGCUUCUUCGGGAACCGCCGGCUCCGCGGUCCUCUCCCGCCAAACGCGCGCACUUUCUGACCAUCCGCUCAUCUUCUACCGUCGGAAAUCGACGCCGGAAGCCGAAUUCAACCUUUUGGUCACUUCCGGAGAGCUUAUCGUCGAGGCGGAGCACGCGAGAAACCAUUUGAUGUCGACGUACAAGCCGGAAAAGUAUUCGUACCCGUCUUCCGAGAAACUGGUGCGGAAUGGCGCAGUUCUGUGCGGGUGCUCGUCCGCAUUCACGAUUUUGAUGGUUUUCUUGCAUUUGUGA